AUGCAACAUCCCAUAAAAAAUAGCACAUCUCUGAUGGGAUUCCACCUACUGUCAUUCUUCACUCGUGCAAAACAAGAAGUCACAGUCUUUAUGCUAGUGCUUGUGAUGUAUCUACUGGCCGUGCUCGGAAAUCUGAUUAUCGCCGCACUUGUAUGUCUGGUGACUCAGCUACACACACCAAUGUAUUUCUUCCUGUGCAAUCUGUCGGCCCAGGACAUUGUGUCCGUCUCUACGGUUUUGCCAAAGUUGUUGUAUAUCACGGUCACAGGUGACACCAGCAUCUCUUUCCCCGGCUGCAUCACACAGAUGUUUUUAUUUGUAUUCUGCAUUGGUACAGAGUUUUAUCUGCUGACGUCCAUGGCUUAUGAUCGCUAUGUAGCCAUUUGUAUCCCUCUGCGCUAUACUCUUAUUAUGAACAAAUGGGUGUGUGUUGUUUUAGCUACAAGUUCCUGGUUUUCAGGUGCAGUUAUUUCAUUAAGUUUCUCUCUGCUAAUGUCUAAGUUAUCUUUCUGCAAAGUAAAAGACAUUAAUCAUUUCUUUUGCGAUCCUGAAACAGUACUAAACCUUUCUUGCAGUGACACCACAAAUGUUAGAAUUUUUACAACAAUGGUUGGUGCAUUCUUUGGUUGGGGUCCAUUUAUAUUGAUAUUAACAUCAUAUAUAUGCAUCAUAUCUACCAUCCUAAAGAUCAGAACCUCAGCUAAUAAAUUAAAGGCCUUCUCUAGCUGCUCCUCACAUCUCAUGGUCGUCAUUCUAUAUUAUGGGACAUCAUUGGGCAUGAACAUGAAACCCAAGUCAGAACAUUCACAUGAAAUAGACAACCUGCUCUCUAUAUUGUACAUUGCUGUGGUUCCUGUGUUAAAUCCGCUAGUUUAUAGUCUGAGAAACAAAGACGUAUUAAAAGCAAUGCUAAAUUUUCAGAAAAACUUUUUAAAUUGUAGAAUCAAACCACCAAUAAAGUGA